CAGGAGCCAGGAACAAAGUAAGAGAAAUAUGGGCAAUGGGCAUUAAUCGAGCAGUUGGCACCGUUUUCUGGGCAGCCGUCUGCACCACAUUCCACUGUAUCCAGGCUCGCCCUCCACGCACCUCGGGCUUGUGCAACACCCCACCAAUUGCCUCUAUUACCGCCAGCUCAGGGCAGGCCGAAUCUGCCGCAGACAGUACCCGGCGAAGUCGACCGGAUAAGGGUCCAUAUAAGGCUACAGGCUACCCUAUGGUUGUCCAUUGGGCGCUGUCCCUUCCCUUCGACCGUCUUCCUGGGCUUUGUGGUCAGAUUCUUAUCUGGUCGCGAGGCGCUGGAUGCCAGAAGCUCGUCACCUGGGUACCGUUUUCAAUACGGGCCCGAGGACCUGGUUAAGCGGGUGCAACGGUGGACAGAAAGAGGCAGGUAGAGGUACAGGACAGUGCCAGAAGAAGGCAACGGCAUGUUGGCGCAAGCAGUCGCGAAUUGUUGGACGAAGCACCGGUCGAAUCAGGCUUAGCCUCGCUGUAUCUCGACGGGACCGCAGCCCGGCGGGCAACUCUGUCGCUCGUAUGUAUCUACCUCAGUUAUGUAGUUGCUGUAUUUGGCGCUGUCGGAGAUGCUCCAUGGAAACCCAUUGCAAUUAAUUUGCAUUCGUCGAGCAGCGUGGCAGCAGGACCCUCUUUCUGCACCUCAAGC